CGCCGGGAACAAAGCCGUAUAAGCAAUUUUUUUGGAAAAAACUGAAAACAAAAAAGUGAAAAAACAACAUGAAACUUUUGUAAAAAACAUUGAAAAUUAAUAUUGAAUUGUACAUUAAUGUGUCAAAGGAAAGUUUUGUAAAAUUCAUUUGAAUGAAAAGUGUGAUUUUCUGCAUAUGAAAUAUUAUUUUUUAUUAUGUUACUGGAGAAAUUUGCACUUCCAAAAACAGAUGAAAGAUUGGUCACUAUUGAUAAUACAAUAUUCAAAAUUAAAAUUCAUUUGGUUAAGCAGCCAAACAGAAAUGAAAAGAGGUAGUAUAUUCUAUGUUUUAGUGAAAAUUGAAUCUUUUACAAUAACAUACAAAAUUCAAUUAUACUGAUAACUUUAUAUAUAGUUACGAAGAAUUUUGCUCAAAUCCCAAACAUCAAGAAGAAAUUGAAGUAAGUUGUUUGAUAUGUCACCAGACAACAGAAUAUUUGAAAAAAUCUAGUUAUAUGGGGUACAUAUGCCAUCACCUUACCCCACCCCACAAAAUAGGGUUAUAACUUUCCCAAGAGAGGUGGGCCGAACACCUUCACCUCCCCAAGAUUGGAUCAUUUCCAGAGUGACCAAUUAUAAGUUCAGUUCACCAUCCAUUUACUGCUGAUAAAAUAUAACUGAUUGUCAGGUACAUCAAUGAAUUUAAGCAUAUCUUUGAAUUUUUUGAAAACCAUCAAUUGAUUGUAUUGUAUUCUCAGAAAAUAAUGAUAGUAUUGCUGACAUCUGAAGAUGACCCACAACCAAUCAGGACUAACAACUUAACUGUUUAUCCUUGUAUCCUUUUAGACCAAAUUAUAAUCAGCAUGCAAGCUAUAAGUUAAGCUACAUCACUGAUGACUCACUAGGAGGACUUUAUAGUAUAUAACUCAUUAAUUAAUAACAUAUUCUGCAUAGUUCUAUUGGUUUGAAACUGUUUUCUUUAGAGGUUUAGUAAUCAGUAUUAGAGACAUUGAUCCCCUAUUGGUCCAUGCAGUGUUAUUACAGAAGGAAACAACAGAAUAUCCAGAGAAAACCUGGUCAAACUUGACACAGCUACUCUUCUUACAUGCAUUACGGUGGCAAGGUGAAAGUAAUCAGUGAUCAGUCAACCAAGAUCAACAAUCCAUUCCAAAAAGUGUGGGACUGUCCCAGUCUGUCUUCCUAUCUCCACCCACAACCCCACCCUUGUCUGUCCCCCCAUCCCUGUCUGACCUCUAUCCCCAUCCUUGUCUGUCCCCCACCUCUAUCUGCACCCUUCUCUGUCCCCCUCCCCAUGGUUCUCUGUUCCUGAUGGGUCCCAUCCCCACGCUUGUAUGUCCCCUACCCAUCCCCACCCUUGUCUAUUCCCCACCCUUGUCUAUCUCCUCAUCUUGCAGGCAACUGCAUAUUGCAGGAAUGAAGCCCCAGAGGUGAAAUGGCCCAUGCACCAACCACUAUACACCUUUUUCAUAAAUGGCUGCCGAUUAAAAAUUCUUUUAUGUGCAUAUAAAUUGGCCCAACUAGCCUCGUACUCAUGUUAAGAUUUCAAAGGAAUUUCUACCCAGAAACGGGUGUAUAGUGUGCCACCAACAUGACCUCCCAAUCCUCUCUAAUCCUUUGCAAAUUAAGCUGCACCAGUAACAUCAUACUGUAUAUAUUUACUUUAACUGUUUGAUUAGAUCGGAAAAAGUGGGAGAUUGCACACAUAUUACAAUUUUACAGAAAUAAAGCACCACUCAAAACUUGUCCAUAUGUACAUUAUUUCUACAUUGAGCCAAAACUUGCAUUGUCAAAAAAACAUCACCUUGAAAAUAGGAAACAAUGUGAGAACAGUGGUACACCAGUUGAAAACAAUACCAAACAGACUACAUACCAUCGUCAAACAGAUCAAGGGAAUAAACCUCAGGAGGGCGCUAGAACCAUCAAUGAAAUGAAAGCCCAAAAGAAGACUGGUGAGAAACACGGUGACAAACCAUCCACAACAGCUACAAACACCGACCAAAUACAAAUCUUUGCUCAGCCUAACAACAAGCAAUUACCUCCAAACUCAACUGUGGAUAAAGGUGAGUUAUUUUCAUACAAAGUUAUAACACAAACAAAAUUAUUUCUUCCUUAAAAACCUUUAAAUGAUUCAUUCCGUUCUCUCCGCUUUAGCGCGCAUUACGACACGCCCAACUAUAUAGACCCAUUGCACUGACGUCACAAAUCCUUAGAGUGUCCUCCAGAAGCUCCCUAACAAUAUCUGUUCCGGUACAACAACCACAUACAGCGCAACAAUUAACCGUUUUAAUACAAAAUUAUUAUAAACUUUUAAAAAAUUUGCUUUGUUUACAAAAGUUAUGUUAUGCAUAGAUUGCUAAUUUGUCCUCCAGAUGCAUCGUCACCGGCGCUGUGACGUCAUGUGCAAUGGAUCUAUACUGUAUACACGGCACGCCGCACUAAAACUGCUCUAACUUCAUUCAAUGACGGUGACGGUCCAUACUAUAGGAUUCUUAAUUUUCCUUCGAUUUUACUUGCGGGAACAAAUGCUUGAGACGAAAACAAUAUUCUCAUGGUUAGGUAGUCCAGUAAGAUUAGAUAAGCCAAUAAUUUUUUUUGUCGCCAACGUCCUUUAGUCUUUACGUUUCUUCACUAUCAUCAAUCCAGCAUCGGGUUUCCGUGGAGUUUCUCAUCCUAUGUCCCACAUACGCCCUCUUGAAAUCCAGAAUCUGACGGCGUCAGAUUCUUCCUUUCAUGGUUUCAUCCUGCCCCGUUACAAAAAAUAGAGUACGUUACCUUGUGUCUCCGUUAAACAUGUUACCAUGGAAAUAAUUCUUCAAUGUCCUUUCGUUGUCUAGAAUAUGAUGAAUCAGAAAGCGAAGACAAUCAGGUUCCAUGCCUCAGGCUUAUCAAUUUUAUUGUUUUUCAAAUAAAUGAUUUCAGUAAGAGGCAAGAUUUUGGUGGCUCAUUUGACGGAUUUGACCGGGACAUGAGUGUUGAGAAAACUCUCGUGCAAACUCUACUUUCUCAACUCUCAUUCUCAUUUCACCAGGGCUUUAUGUAGCUAUAGCUUAAUUUAUCUGCUUCAGUAACUUCCCUACAUGAGUAGUAUAUAUGUUUCUCAUCUAUAGUCCGUUUCAAUCCUGGAUGGCAUACAGCUUUGCGAUGUCUCGAGUCCUGAAAACCUCAGUCCAGAAAGAUUGUCAAGCAGUAGUGAAGACGACGAGGUAUAUUCGACUGCAGGAGAUGAAGUAGCCGGCUCGCAACCCGAAACUAGAAAACAAGACAUGAAAGAAGAAAAGUCAUGUAAACCUAACAAACUUAUACGUGCAUCUGCAGCCAUACGUCAGACAAGGAAGAGACACGCUGAAGUACUGGAUGAGGUAGAAACAACCGUAUAUAAAAGGCUUGUCACGAAAUUAAGACAACUGCGCAUUGGGCGAGAUACAACCAGGGACGCCGGAACUGGGGGGCAGGAGGGGCAGCCGCCCCCGUUGCCCUUUACCAGGAGGGGCAAGGGGGGCAAAGGUGCCCUUUCAAUUUAAAGGAUUGCCUUUGCGAAAUAGGACAAAUAGCGAAUUGUCAGAAAUUGUAUGCAGGGCAAUUAGCGAAUGGUAGCGAUUUGUCAGUGCAAUUCUUUUACGAAUUUGCUUCAGAAAACGCAAUAAAUGCAGUCAUCGAGCUUCAAGAAUAGCACAGUUGCUUGGCGGAGAACCCCCUCACACCCCUAUCAUCCAAUAAAUAGAAAACACGAUUAGGCGAAGUUCAACUUACGAUGUUUUGCAAACAUUUCUUAGUAUAUAUCAAUACAAAAGUGCCCUUUCACGAAAAUCUGCCCCCCUUGCCUUCACAUAGUUCCGGCGUCCCUGGAUACAACCACCGGAAAAAUAUUCGAAAUUCUGUGGAUAUAUUUUUCAGGUCGUUGUAUCCCUCUCUAUCCACAGCUGUCUUGUGAUCGUCGCUACACUGGUACAAGACCGUUCGAGAAUAUUACGAAAUCUGCGGCUCUGGGGCCGGUUGUUCGAAGGCCGGAUAGCGCUAUCCACUGGAUAUAGUGACUUUUUCAACCAUUGUAAAAUGCUUGAAAAACUGUGAAAUUACUGAUAUAGACGACACAAGAAGUAUAAAAAACAUUUCACUUAUAAAUACUAAACUUUAAUACGAGUUAUACCAAUCAACGACUGGUUUAACAAAGCUUGAAAUCCGGUGUAUAGUGCUAUCCAGCAUUCAUAGAACUGGUCUCAGUUGGUUAGAGCGCGGUACCGCAGGGUCACAGGUUCGACUCCUGCCAGAGGGACCAUGCAUAUAGUUGCACAUUUUUCACAACUGCUCUUGGGUAGCUCUAAAACUAAAAAAAACGUAUCUACUAUGGAUCGUUUAAGCCCGUUUUCGACAUCUAACGUAUAUUGUAAUGAAACGUAAGCCUGGUUCACAUAAAAUCGUUAAGCAGUCGCAGACAUGUGCCGAAUUUUUAUUUGAACACAAAUGCAGAUUCGCGCAGACUGUCUGAGACCGGAUCGGCGACGGAUCGGGAAAGUUGAACUUGAUUCAACUUUCCCGAUCCGUCGCAGAUCGUUCAUAUAAAAAUUCGGCACAUGUCUGCGACUGUUUAACGAUUUUAUGUGAACCAGGCUGUAGAUGAGAAGAUAUUCUAAUGUUUCAAUUUUGUAAUAAAGUUCUGUUUUGUUACAUUCCAGGCGGAACCGAAGAGAAAGAAUUAUUCAGGUAAUAAUUCUUUCAAGCGCUGCUCAAAAGAGGAUGAGAGCUUGUAAGCGAAAGUUCGCAUGAGAAACUCCUGCGGUUAAAAUGGAGUCAAACGAAAACAAGGAAGAACUUAUUUCGCUGACCUCAGAAUGACAUUUCGUCAAAAAAAUUUUUCUUCAAGAUUGGUUUAGAAACAAACUUGGAGUAGGGUUAGGUUAGGAUUAGGGUUAGGUUAGAGUUGGUGUUUGGAAUAGGGUUAGUGUUAGUAAAACCGUUGCUUUGUUACGUUUUGUCACUCUGAGGCCAGCGAAAUAACCUCUUCCCGAAAACAAAUACAUCAUAGAGUUGUAUGCGAGUUGACUGGAUAUUGAUGGAAUCGAAUUGAAAUAGACCUUAUGCAUAAUGACGUCACAAGGCUUGAUGCCCGUAAGGAAUGCUGGUCUUAGUAGUCAUCGCCCGGGAAUAUUUCGAUAGUGGCCAUUUUGAAUUGUUUAAUUUUCCCGGGCGAUGGCUACUAAGACCAGCAUUCCUCGCGGGCAUCAAGCCUUGUGACGUCAUUAUGCAUAAGGUCUAUUGCAACAGGAGAAUGAAUGACAGUUUGCGGUGAAACGCGAGCGAGAACUGCAACUCUCGUCAAUUCCUAUCCUCACUUGAUCAGGGCUUAAACCACCCAAACUGUACAUGUACUAUUAAGUAGUACAUUGCCUAACAGUUGUUGCAAAUCAACAUUGUUAUUUUUUAUUUACUCAAGUGACAGAAUAUUUAGAUACGAAUCGUCAUGAGGUACAAGAACAAGAUCUUCAAGAAUUAUUACGAUUUCAACACUUAGCAACUCCUGAUGAAGAAAAACCUGGUGAGGGACUAGGUUGUUCGAUCUUUUGGACAAAUUUUCUUUUGCAUCGCUCGGACAUGGGCAGUUCUUUAGACUGUCCGCCAGGAAUUUAUUCUUUUGGUGAAGAAUAUCUCGCUUAUUUAGGAAUCUUGUACCCAUUUAGCUUAAUCCUGGGUUACCGCCAAAUCUUGAAAGCAAACUUUCCAAUAGCUUGUUUAGAAACUUUGGAAAUUGUUUCAGAAAUCUUGUCUGUGACUCAAUUUAAAAGCUUUGUUUUCUGAAGGGCAGGAAAAAACCUGGAGACAAAAAUUUCCUGCAGACCAACAGAGUAUUUUUGUGCUAAAUCUGCAUGUGCAUAAACACAUACUGCCCUAGCUGACCAUGGUUUUAAAUUCCAGGAAUAAUGUCUGUCAACCAUACGUUGUUGCGCCCAUAGUGGAACAUGGCUGUUAAGGUUUCCUUCAAAUUUUCAACAGCAAAUCUUCAUUCAAACGAAUUUCCUGCAGCUGUUUGACAAUUCCUGUGCUCGCCUAUUUUUUCCACCCCUGAAGCUACGCCUACUGCCACUUAAUUUUCAACUGCCAUUUCAUAUUUUUUCCUUUCAAACAGCCGUCGAAGAACGAGGAUCUAGUAGUAUACAGCGAGUCUUUAGGUACGUGGUAAUUAUCUUGUUUUCCUUCUUUCAUUUCCCAUUCACAUCGUUCACUACAGGGGCUGUGUUACACAGUACUACUGUUUUCUAUUUAUUUUAUUUAGUUCUGUCAAGAAACUCGUGUUUGGUUAAAUUGAAAAUGAACGGUUGGUUGUCAGGUUACGUUUAGGCCUAGUUGAAACGUCGAGCUAAAUAAAUAAAUAGCGGAGGGGUGCAGUACUACCCCACUCCCACCCCACCACCAAACUCGUUGUUUGAGCUCGUUCUCAUUAGGUUUCUGUACACGAAAAGUUUGACGUUUCAACUGGGCUAGUACUUUUACACAUAUAGCUUAUUCUUGGUAAUCUUUCAACUACCUUCUUUGUUCUGAUGUUUUCCCAAUUUCAUUGCUAUUGAAUUAUUAUUGUACAUGGAUAUUAUUGAACAUAUUUGAUAUUAUUAAUUCACAGUAUUAUUGCUGUAUAUGCUAAUGCUAUGAUAGAGAAUACAUAUUAUCAUGUGAUGGUGGUCAAUCUCCAGUUAUCAAAGUGAUUAUUUAACAAUUAUUCGCCGAAGUCGAGG